GUGAUCUCCUCUCCGUGGCGUUCUGGUUUGUUCAACAUGAUACAAUAAAGCUUUGCAAAGCCAAUUCUACUACCAACCAACCACGAUGAAAUCCACAUCCCAAUCCCCUCUGCUAAUCCGUGUAUACUCAACAUUCACCCUUAAGUAAAGUUAGUUUCUCUCAGAGUCUAACAAGGAAAACAACCUCAGGUCUCUCCGUGUCCGAGCAGGGUACCCUCACUCAACCCUGUGCUUUACCGGAACCAGAGAAAGAAAGCCUAACCCAAUAUUGGCCAGGGCCACUUUUCGUCAAAUCCAAAUAUUAGCCAUUGGGUUCAAAAAAGAAUCCUCAUUGCCCAACAAGGACUCGCUGGUUCAACAAGUACAUAAUCAUUCGUGAUGUGCUAAUACAAAGUAUUAUACAUAGAUCGACAAUUUUAAUAUAAAUACAGUACGUAAUAGUACAGAGCGUUCUAUUUAAGUGAUGUGACCAGUUUUGAGCAAAUAAGUGAAAUAUUCUCCAGCACUGCUCAUGACAAUAGGAUGCACGUAUUUCAUCCGAGCAGAUAAACCAAACUUGAAUCCCUUCUUACUAAACGAGAAUAUUGACUGAAAAACGAUCUCAAUCUUGACUGACUUGUUGAUGGAAAAAUAAAACCGAAUAAUCAGUUCAUCUGAUAAAAUCUGGAUAAUUGGGAAAUGUGAGAUGAAAACUGACUGAAGAUGAGACUAUUUUAUCCGGUACGCCAGAUACUCACACAAGAACGUUCUUAGUGGUGGAUUCAAUAAAAGUUUCAGUGACAUUUAAUUACAUUUUACGUACUCCUUCGUUUGCGGAAAUGCCUCGGCCAUCCAGAGAAAGCUAUGGAGAUCAAAAGCCAGCCUAUUCAUACAUUUCGCUCACUGCGAUGGCAAUAUGGAGCUCACCGGAAAAAAUGCUACCUUUGGCAGACAUCUAUAAAUUCAUUAUGGAUCACUUUCCGUAUUAUCGGAAGAACACACAGCGCUGGCAAAAUUCGCUUCGCCACAAUUUAAGUUUCAACGACUGCUUUUUGAAGGUCCCACGAAGGCCGGAUCGACCUGGCAAAGGAGCUUAUUGGACCCUUCACCCCAAUGCACUCUCCAUGUUUGAGAAUGGCUCAUUUCUCAGAAGACGAAAGCGAUUCAAGUUGCCAAAAGUUGACAAAGAAUUUCUCCAAAAGACAUUGGGCUCUUCAUUCCCUUCGUCCUCUCCGGGCCCCAUGACCUCAAUUACUCCGACACCUUCAUCCCCAACUACCACCACAACCCCGCCUGCAACUCACCCAAAUAACGGGCUUUCCAUGUCCAUGUCCCCACCAAUUCCGGGUAUGAUUCCAAACUCUGCUUUCAUGUCAUCUCAAUUUUCCCACAUGGGAGGCCACCAUCAAUUCGGACCCAUAGCCUUCGGAUCUCACCCCAUGUUCCUCAAUAGCAACAUUUCUGAUGCGAGACUCCUGGCUGCAGCCGCAGCAGCAGGUUAUCCUCGUGAUUUGUAUGGACACCAUCAUGCAAUCCACCAUCAUCCUCACCCACACCAACAUCCCAACCACCUCUCCAACGGAAUUCAGCAAGGUUUCCAUUCAGGGCCGCCGCCAAAUAUUGUAGGAAUGUCCCCAAAAGAUUUGGACGACAUUCGAGAAGCCACUCGUGCAAUCAGAUCUCUGAGAGAACAGUCUGGAAAAUUACAUCGGAUCAAACCACUCUCAGAAUUGGACCUUUCUCCUCCUCCCCAUGUCCUCGUAAAAUCAUCUCACCCCCACCUCCACUCACCCCCUCCUGCAGUGAACUCGGAGACAAUGAAGGUUGCUGGCCAAGACGUGCAACCGAGAGAAAAGUCAUCCUCCGCAAACUCACUCCUCACUAACCAACAGAGGGGCAAGCGACGAGGUGGUAAUUCCAACAAUUUUUCAAUUGAAAAUCUAAUAGCCAAAGAUAAGGAUAGUACCGACAACAAGAACAUCAAGGACAGGAAGGCUGUCAUAAGUGGAAAAGACAGCUCUAGCGGGAGUGAUAAACUUAAUAACAACCAUGGUUGUAAGAAUGAAAAGUCAGACGAUGACGAGGAAGAUGAAGACAUCGUCAUGGAUGACGACGAAGAAGAGGAAGGGAGAGUGCCUUCCAUCCUCUCAGAUUCAAUGUCGGAUGCUGCAACGGACGAUCGACUCAUUCAUCUCGACAACCUCUCCACAAACGAAAAUGACAACGAGAGCAAUCAUUCUCACAAUAGCAGCGAGAGAUCACAAUCUCACAGUCCUGUCACAAUUCCUCGGAAAAACUUGUUAGUCUCACCUUCCCCUUCACUUUCCUCCCCGAGAAAUGGUCAGUACAAUAACAAUGGGCCAUCUCCUGGAGUGGUGGCCGUCUCUGCAGGCAACCUCCUCCCAUCUUAUCCCUUUUACGCCGCAGCGUUCCUCUCCGCACAGUCAUUACUUUAUAAUCAGCAGUACUUUGGGAAUGGGACUGGCGCACCCAACCCUGCCCAACAUCACCAUCACCACCAUCAUCAUCAACAACAAUUGCAAUUGGCAGCAGCCGCAGCGGCGGCGGCAGCAUCUGCGGAAAGUGGGGGUGGUGGUGCAAUAAGUCCGUCUUCAGGACAUUAUCCCGGCCAUCCUGGACUUAAUAUGUCUAACCCUGCCGCUGCCAUGUUGUUCUCUGGUAAACAUUUGUCAGGAUUAUAAUUUUUUUUUACUUCGAACAAAAUGUGAAUGAUGCCAUCAGUAUUAUACUUAAACGAGUACCAGAGUAGCUGGAGGAGGAUAGCAAAAAAAUUACCGGUGAAAGCAUUUAUAUUGUCGUUUUUGUUGUAGUAGUGUGCCGUCGUGAUAGACUUGAUCCUCUCCUAUUAUUAAUUGUAGAAUUACCUAAUAUAUAAGCAAGUAACUCUUGUAAACUAAAGAUGACAAUUACCUAAAUUUUUAGCGAUCAUCGUGUCAGUAAAAGUGUCAUGUGCAAAUACUAAUGUACGAGAGUUGGAAAAUAAUUAAUUCCAAUUUUACCCCGACUGAUUUAAUUUAAUAUAAUAAUUUAUUACUGCUGCUGCGUAGCUUUUAGAGUGAAAACGCUUACCACCUAUUUUUAUUUAGUCAACCGCAAACGAAAGAUCAGAUCUGGACGAGUAUUUUAACCAACCGACAGGGACACAUGUGUCUGUGAUUCACUGCUGUUUUGUUUACAUCACAAAGUAUGCAAUAUUAUAAUGUUCGGUUAUAUUGUGUUGGACAAGUUGCAAGCAUUCAUUUACAAUCCAAAUUAUAAACCAAGCAAAAAAUUAGAAUGUUACACUAAAGUCGAUGAAUGAAUAAAAAUAGGUCGAUUAUUGGUCAGAAAUAAAA